AUGAAUCAAUUGUCUUGGUGGAAAUACUCCAUCCUGCUCCUGGCUGGAAGCUCGGCGAAUGUCGUUCCUAAUGUCUUGGGGAGCCAACUUCAGCAACCUCUCGAAUCUGGCCCGACAACUGGGAGCAGACCGAAUAUUGUCUUUAUCUUAACCGACGAUCAGGACCUUCAUUUGGACUCCCUCUCUUACAUGCCACAUGUGAAGAAGAAUCUCAUCGACCGUGGCACCUUGUUCCAGCGUCAUUACUGUACUAUUGCCCUAUGUUGCCCGUCGCGUGUGAGCUUGUGGACAGGUAGGGCCGCACACAAUACCAAUGUCACCGAUGUCAAUCCACCGUACGGCGGAUACCCCAAGUUCGUUGGCCAGGGUUUCAACGAAGCCUGGCUUCCGAUCUGGCUACAAAACGCCGGCUAUAACACCUACUAUACCGGCAAACUGUUCAACGCCCACAGCUUGGAAAACUACAAUUCUCCAUUUCCCGCGGGCUUUACUGGCUCUGACUUUCUUCUUGACCCAUACACCUAUGAGUACUUGAACGCUAGCUUUCAGCGAAACCAAGAAUCCCCCGUUAGCCACGAGGGCGAGUAUUCAACCGAUGUCCUUGCAGGCAAAGCAUAUGGCUUCCUGGAAGAUGCCAUUGCCGAGCAGAAGCCUUUUUUCUUAGCCAUUGCACCCAAUGCUCCGCAUAGCAACGUCAAAUUUAAGGAAGAUUGGUUCAACGGUAACUCUUCGACUCAUGCCGUAACUACAACCCCUCCGAUUCCGGCAGAACGACACAAGCAUUUAUUUCAAGAUGCUGUCGUCCCUCGAAACCCCGGCUUUAAUCCCAAAGAGGCAAGUAAAUGGCAGCCUCAUGGUGUUUCCUGGGUCAGUCGCCUUCCUAGACAGAACCAGACCGUGGUCGACUUCAAUGACGAGUUUUACCGGAACCGUCUACGCGCCCUCCAGGCCGUGGAUGAAAUAGUAGAUGGUGUCGUCACCCGUUUGGCCGAGCAUGAAAUUCUCAACAACACCUAUAUAUUCUACUCGAGUGACAAUGGCUAUCACAUCGGCCAACAUCGUCUACAGCCGGGCAAAGAAUGUGGCUUUGAAGAGGACAUCAACGUGCCAUUGAUCAUACGGGGCCCAGGUGUACCCCAAAAUCAAGUCAGCACCGUUGUAACGUCUCAUACGGAUUUAGCCCCGACAUUCUUAUCGUUGGCCGGGGCAGAUCUUCGUCCCGACUUUGACGGGACCGCGAUCCCUUUGAAAAAGAAGCCCAGCGUGGACGUCGGCGCCCAACAACUUGGGCUUAGCGACGAUGCUCGAGGAGAACAUGUCAAUAUCGAGUACUGGGGCUUUGCACUGGCAGAGGGUAAAUAUGACCAGAGAAUGAUCUGGAACAACACCUACAAAGGGCUCAGAUUAAUUGGCAACAACUAUAACUUUUAUUACAGCGUCUGGUGCAAUGGUGAACAUGAGCUCUACGAUCUAAUUAACGAUCCUUACGAGACGAAAAAUCUGUACAAAUCGAACCAUUUCUCCGCAUAUCACUUCGCAUCUGCGGCGAUGUCUAGAUCUGCGGGAGAAGAAGACACCCACACUGGCAUCCGACGGUCAAGAUCCGCGACAAGCACCAAAACAACAACGACCAAAACAACAAUACAUCAUCUCCUGUCUCGGUUAGAUUCGCUGGUCUUGGUCCUCAAAACCUGCAAAGCACGAAGCUGUACUCAUCCCUGGGAAGUCCUUCACCCUACUGGAAACGUGAAGAAUUUGCACGACGCACUUGAUUCGAGAUAUGAUGAUUUCUACGAGAUUCAGCAGGAGAGAGUCCGCUUCGACAAAUGUGAGAAAGGGUAUAUCCUUGAAAGUGAGGGCCCUAGGCAUGUCAAGUCUUUUUCGUCUUCACUGAAUGGGGUCGAGGUCGACGUUGGACCCAGAGGUGGAGCAGCAUGGGCUGAACUUGUCUAG